CACCCUGCAACACUCAUCGGUCUCAUCUUCAGAGUUUGUCUCGCACUCACACUCACACUCACACUCACGCUCACAAACACAACCCCAAUGGCCUCUCUCACUCCAGGAAUCCUUCUAAAACUCCUCCAAUCCAUGAACUCAACGACCCGUGUCACCGGGGACCACCGCUCCGCUCUCCUCCAAAUCAUCGGCAUUGUACCUGGUCUCGCCGGCUCCGACCUCUGGCCCAACCACGGCUUCUACGUGCAGCUCUCCGACUCCCUCAACUCGACCUAUGUCUCCCUCUCGGACCACGACACCGAACUCAUCCUCACCAACCGCCUCCAGCUUGGCCAGUUCGUUCACGUUGACCGCUUUGAGUUCGACUCUCCCGUCCCUCGUGUCAACGGAAUUCGUCCAAUCGCAGGCCGCCACACAUUCUUAGGCACUCCUGAACCUCUUAUUGCGCGCAUUUCUUCUUCAAAAAGAGAGUUUGUUAUUCAACCAGUGUCUGAUUCGGAGUACUCCGUAGAUCCAAUUGCGGUUUACUUGUCCAACAAGAAGUCCGAUCGAAAAGAAAACAAUGAAUCCAAAGUAGAUACUAAAAUUGAAAAAAUUAAAACGAGGCAAGCUCUUGCACCCAGAGACAACGUCACAAUUCCGAAAUCAGAUGAAAGCAAGCCAGUUUUAGAUAAGCCACCACAGAGGUUUUCAUCUCCGGCCACAGCAAAGCGAUCAGGAUCGGUUGGAAAGAAGAAUGUGGCAGUGGUUGAGAGAGAUCCAUCUCCGGCUGGCAAAGUGAAGAGAUCUGCAUCUCCGGUGCCAUCAAAAUGUGUUGUGCCUAGCCUAGUUGCUGCUAAAGAGGAUAAUCGGAAGACGGCGAGGGAGCCAGCUAUAAUAGUUCCGUCAAGGUACCGGCAGCCUUCGCCAAAUGCAAGAAAGCAGGCUUCACCAAAUCCUCGGAGAGCUUCGCUCUCUCCUGGGAGAAGGUUGUCAGGAGUGAAGUUUUCACCUGUUGUUGCGGAUUCUGGUGGGAAGAAGAAGAUGGCAACGAUUGUUGCCGGGAUUUCCAAACUUUCAGAGGUCAAGAAUGGUAGAAAGAGUUGGGAUGAGUCACCUCUUGUGCCGGGUUCCGGAGAGCAGAAAGAAAAGGCCGCUGUAAAGAAUAAUAAGCCAGAUCUGCAAUCCAUUUUGCGAACUCAGGCUGCUAUUUCUAGACGUCUAAGUGAUGUUAGUCGAAAGUCGGUCAGUGAUGAUUCUUCAACCAAGAAGGACACUAAACCAAGUUCGCCAGAAACCAGUUUGAGUUAUGGAGCUCUAGGAAUUACAGUUCAUGAAAAAAAAUGGACUGAUGGUAGUGUUCCACUGGAUUCAGUCUCCUCUGAUCUCGCACGACUGGGAAAGGAGGCUAUGCAAAGGAAAGUUCUUGCUGCUAAAGCAGCGGCUGAAGCUUUAGAGGAGGCCAUUGCUACCGAGUCUCUUGUAAGGUGUUUAAGCAUGUUCUCCCAACUCUCUUCUACAUCAAAGUCUGGAAAUCCUUUGCUCACAAUCGAUAGAUUCUUUUCAAUCUACAAUGACGUCGUAAAAUAUAGUGGAAUUGCUGAAUCUGUUGGGGCUAAUCAUAUUUCUUUCACGAAUCGUGAUAAUAUCUCGACUGAGCAGUCAAAAUCCACUUCUCUUUGGGUUGAAGCUGCAUUGGCCACUGAUCUUGAGAUUGUCUCUCUUCUAACCACCCAAAACAACGAAGCUCCUUCAACUCUGCAGAAAAGUUUGUCGAAACGAAAAUCUCUGAAUGCACAACACCAACUAAAGGGUAGUUGUACAACAACAGCCACCCAUUCUAGCGUUGAGACAUGGACAAGAGGUCAUGGAAUGAAAGAAACUGUGCAGCUUGCAAGGAAUUUGCAGUCUGAGAUGCAAGUGUGGUUUGUACGGUUUAUUGAGGAGUUGCUCGAUGCUGGUUUCCGGGUAUUUGGAGAGUGUGCAAUUAAUGGAAGUGUAACUCUUCCUAUGGAUUGUGGUUCUAUUGCAACAGUUCUGUCGCAGUUGAAGCGUGUGAAUGAAUGGUUGGACCAUAAGGUUUCAAGCAAGGAUGAUAUACUCAUUGCAAAGAUUGAGCAGUUAAAGAGAAAGAUCUAUGGGUUCGUAAUUCAGCAUGUGGGAACUACUUUCGAUAAUGCUUCCCCUGUUUCUUCAUCUUGAUCUAUUUAUUUUUGAGUUCAUAGUUUGGUUUUCUGCAAUGAUUUCCUUCUCUAUUUAAAGAUAUGGCUUCUAACAGGUUUAUUGUCUGUUUGAAUUGGAAAAAGAUCCUCACCAUACUCAUAUUUACCUCAAGUGCUCAACCAUAUAUGUCUCUCAUGGUUUAUUGUCUGUACCUUCAAUACUGAAUUCUUUUUUCAUUCUUAAAUGGUGAAUUCUUUUUCAUUAGGUUGACCCAAUAAUGGCUAGGCCUCUCAUGGCUU